UUGUGUCAGAAUUUGAGCAUGGUGGUUGUGUUGUGUAUGAUGGGGGCGUGAUCAAAUAUUUAAUUGAGAACAUUAUCUAGUUUUUUUUUCCAAAUUGAGUUUUGUAAUUGUGUACAGUAAAAUGCCGUCUAUCGAUGAUAUAAAAAAUGAAUAUCCUAUACAUUGGCUUGUGUGGAAUAAUGACUACAAGGAAUUGGACAGAGUACUGUCAAAAGAUGCGUGCGAUAAAGAGAAGAGAGACACGAGAGGACGAACACCACUGAUGUUAGCUGUUACACUUGGCCACCUAGAAUCUGCACGCGUCCUACUGCAGCACACCACCAAUGUCAACACAGAAAAUUGUGAUGGAUGGACUGUUGUCCAAGAAGCAGUGGCCACUGGUGACCCAGAGAUGCUACAGUUAGUCCUAGAAAGGAGAGACUUCCAACGAUACUCAAGUCGAGUUGGUGGUAUACCUGAACUGCUACAGAAACUGAAAGAGGCGCCUGACUUCUAUGUUGAAAUGAAAUGGGAAUUCACUAGCUGGGUACCACUGGUAUCUCGGAUGUGUCCAAGUGAUACCUAUAAAGUGUAUAAACAAGGCUCAAAUGUACGGAUUGAUACUACUCUUCUUGGAUUUGACCAGACUAACUGGCAGAGAGGAAAUAGGAGCUAUAUAUUUAAAGGACAAAACAUAGCAACUCCCACAGUGAUCCGCUGUGAUAGAAGCUAUAUUUUCAAACUGCAGACAGCUGAAACAGGUGAUUCUGCUGUUAUGAUGGAAGUGGAUCAUGAGACAAAACAAGUCUAUGUUGAACAGAUGCGUAUGAUAUCUCCAGAAGAACUUCAGUUCCUACAACCGUCAGAAGAAGCAAUUUCGUCACGUCUUACAACACCUAUUGUUACAACUUAUAUAGAUACGGAUAAAAUUAGUUUUGAAAGGAAUAAGUCAGGUAUUUGGGGAUGGCGAUCUGACAAAAGUGAACCAAUCAAUGGGCAUGAAUGCAAGGUCUUUGGAGCUAGCAAUGUAGAACUCGUUACCAAAACUCGGACAGAACACCUUACAGAAACAGAUAAAGCAAAAGCGAGAUCGCCAAAGACACCAUUGCAGUCAUUCCUUGGAAUAGCAGAAGUGGAAGAAAAACAAGUGGUACCAGAAGCAAAUAAUGAGGAAUACUGUCAUGUGGGGAACCCGUGUAACAUAAGCCCUGAGGAGUACUUCGACAGUGAAGAUCUUCAUGGAAGGGAUAUAGGACGUCCUAAAGAAAUAAACACAAAAAUACAAAAGUUCAAAGCUACAUUGUGGCUUUGUGAAGACUAUCCUCUCAGCUUGCAAGAACAGAUCAUGCCAAUAGUUGACCUGAUGGCAAUUUCCAGUUCACAUUUUGCCAAGCUGAAGGAUUUCAUACAGAUGCAGCUUCCUGCUGGAUUUCCAGUUAAAAUAGAAAUUCCGUUGUUCCAUGUUCUGAAUGCAAGAAUUACUUUUGGGAACAUAUUCGGAAUGGAUGAAGAAGUUGGGGGAGUAUCGAUCGUACGCGAAGAGGAUAGAAUAAGUUGUGUUGUGGAGGACAAUUGUUUUGUACCACCACCAUCAUAUACAAAAAUGGGUGCUGAGGUACGCAGACAGUUCAGUAUGGAAGAAGAAGAUGAACUGCUGCAGUUUGCAAUUCAGCAGUCUCUUAUUGAAGCAGGCAGUGAAAAAGAUGAGGUGGAUAUCUGGGAGGCCUUAAGAGCACAGCGUCCAUCCCGGCCUACCACUCCAAAUGUACAAGCUGAGGAGGAGCGCCAGUUACAGAGGGCGAUCCAGGCCAGCUUAGCGUUGUAUCAGCACAACCUAUCAAGCCCCAGUCCUGAGGAAUCAUCACCCACUGUGGAGUGGACACCACCUGCCAAUGUGACAGAGAGGGCGCCUGAUGGACGAGUGGAGCGUGAACUGCAGAUCGCCUUGGCCUUGUCUCAGCGCGAGUCUGAAGAAGAGCAGCGGCAGAGGCAACAAGAAGAGGAGACACUGAAACGUGUGCUAGAAUUAUCACUUACUGAUAAGUGACACCUGUUGGUGUUUGUUCUCCACACUGUUGGCCAAGUUCCACAGAUUAACAAAUUAUUUUCAGCUGUCUGACUUCUACAUUACUGACACGUUUUAUGUGUGAGACCUUGCUGAGACCUGUGUAGCAUAUGUGCUUCGAAAAUGGUAAUCUUUUCGUGGUUAUAUUAACCUUUUCAGUUGUCAGUUGCAUCAGUUUCUUCUUCCUUGAGGAAUGAUAAUGAAACUGCAGAAUGGUGUCAACAGUUUAUGCAGGAUAUGUGCUUACUCUCAGUAAAGCUCUUGUACUGAAAAAAACUGCAAUUCACUUACAGAAUAGCCAUCAAGGCAAGUGGAAAAUUUUAAUUGCAGAUGUGGCACAAACUAAUGAAGAUUUGCUAAGCAAACUCUCAGAAUUUUUUUUUUUUUUUUUUUUUUUU